CUACGGCCGCCGCCUGUCUUCCCUAUGCACGUAAUCACUCGCCCUCGAGUCCUCUCCUCCCAAUUCGAAGGAAUUGAGCGAUCGAUCGAUCGACGGUGAAGAAUCAGGAAUAAGCUUUUGAAUCGGAGGAGGUGCCUCCUCCGUUGCGCAAGCGACCAUGGCCGAUUAUGCUCAGGAACAGGAGAUGGAGAUCGAGGCGCUUCAGGCCAUUCUUAUGGAUGACAUCGAAGAGAUUGAUGCUAGCGACAGUGGCUUAAGCACUCAAAAUAGGUGCUUUCGUAUUUUGCUAACUCCCCAGGAUAAUGACCUUGACGAGUCAAACACUACUCCAGUUAAAAUGGCUCUGAUAUUUUCUCACACAGAAAAUUAUCCUGACCAACCCCCACUUCUGAAUCUUAAAAGCAUAAAAGGAAUUAAGCCAGAAGAUCCAACCAUUUUGAGAGAGAAGCUACUCAAUGAGGCAUCCGAGAAUCUUGGCAUGGCAAUGAUCUACACACUCGUCACCUCAGCUAAAGAAUGGUUGAGUGAUAAGUACCGGAAUGAUGCUGCAGCUGACAAUGAUGAAAACGACGCAUCUAAAGAUGAGAUAAUCGUUCCUCAUGGCGAGCCUGUUACUUUGGAUUCUUUUGUUGCCUGGAGAGAGAGAUAUGAAGCUGAACUAGCACUUGAGCGUGCCAAGCUGAUGCCCGAAUCUGCUUUAACCACUACGAAGGAGAAGAAGCUUUCUGGAAGACAAUGGUUUGAAAGUGGACGGCAUACUAUGAAAGGUGCAAAUACAGUUAACGAGGAGUCUGAAGAUGAAGAGGAAGAUAUCGAGUUUGAUGAUGACUUUGAAGAUGAUGAGGAAGAUAUGCUCGAGCAUUACUUGGCAGAGAAAUCCGGAAAGUGAACUCUCUAGUUUCUAUCGAAUUUUGAGUUGUUGAGUUUCGUAUCAAUCUUGAUCAUUAUUACUAAGUGAUGGUUUGGAAUGUGUUAUACUUCAAUAUUAAACCCAGUAUAUGCUAUUAAAAUUAGGAGCAAGAUUAGUUGCAUCGGUAUCUAUAUUUAAAUGGAAGACCCCUUCUGUGCU